CUCAUUUCCAUAAAAAAUUAUAACUUCAUUUCAAGUUUUGAUUCAUAUCCUAAAAUGGGUAUUUUUUUUUUUGUUUCGUGCAAUGGUCACUAACAAAUUGAUAUGUCUACAUUUGAUAUAAAAACAUUCAAGAAUAUAUAUACAUGUUACUGAUCUGUUAUUCUUUCUGUUUUAAUCUUAUCUUCUCAGUUAGAUUCGUUGAAGAGAAUAUUACUACAAUGUUGGAGACAAGGAUCAUCUCAAACUCGGAGGUCUUAUAUGUCGGAGGAGACGAGGGAGAUACGUCACCGGGGACGAAAGUUCUUCAAAAUUUUCAGAUCAACGAGGAAGGAGGAGGAGGACUGAUAAGAUCAUGGGUUGAUUCUAUGAGAGCUUGUUCUCCUACUCGUCCCAAAUCCUUAGAUAGCCAAUCUUGUUGGAUUAAGGAACAUCCAUCAGCUUUGAAGAUGUUCGAAGAAAUACUUCAUGAAUCUGAAGGGAAGCAAAUCGUUAUGUUUCUUGAUUAUGAUGGUACUCUCUCUCCCAUUGUUGAUGAUCCCGAUCGAGCUUUCAUGUCCAAGAAGAUGCGAAAUACUGUGCGGAAACUUGCAGACUGUUUUCCAACAGCCAUAGUUAGUGGGAGAUGCAGAGAGAAGGUUUCUAGUUUUGUGAAAUUAACUGAGUUAUACUAUGCUGGAAGUCAUGGCAUGGACAUCAAAGGACCAGAGCAAGGAUCUAAGCACAAGAAGGGAAAUCAAUCUCUUCUUUGUCAACCCGCGACUGAGUUCCUCCCGGUUAUUAACGAGGUGUAUGAAAAACUUGUCGAGAAAACCAAAUCAGUUCCAGGAGCCAAAGUUGAGAACAACAAAUUUUGUGCGUCAGUUCACUUUCGAUGCGUAGAAGAAAAUAAAUGGAGUGACUUGGCCCAUCAAGUUCGAUCAGUGUUGAAGAACUACCCCAAGCUCAUGCUUACCCAAGGAAGAAAAGUCUUGGAGAUUCGUCCAAUCAUUAAGUGGGAUAAAGGCAAAGCACUCGAGUUUUUGUUAGAAUCACUCGGAUAUGAUAAUUGUACCGAUGUAUUUCCUAUAUAUAUUGGAGAUGAUCGUACCGACGAAGAUGCCUUUAAGAUACUGAGAGAUAAAAGACAAGGCCUUGGAAUUCUUGUAUCCAAAUACGCAAACGAAACUAACGCUUCUUAUUCUUUGCAAGAGCCAGAUGAGGUUAUGGUUUUUUUAGAACGUUUGGUGGAAUGGAAACAGUUAAGAUGUGGGUCAUGAAGAGUUUACUCCAAGUACAGGAGAAUCUUUUUUUUUGUUUACUAUGUAUUAAUUAUUAAGAUUCUAACGUAUCUUGAGAACGAGAGAAUGGUUUUUUUUUUUUUUUAAGAUAACAAGAAGACAAAUAUAGAGGGGUUCUUGUUCCUUUCUUUUACAACCUUGGUUUUGAGACUACUAGUCCUUUGUUGCUAUCAAUGCAUGAUGUUCAAAUCGUAAA